GUUAAAAUCUAUAUAGAUAAUGUAGUUAUCGCGUCUAUUUUAGUAGAUAAGUAUGUUAAAUAUUUAUUUAUAGUCUUUAAUAAGUUUUUAAUAAUAAAUCUUAAGCUGGAAUCCUUAAAAAUAUUUAUUAGAUUUCUAUCUGUACAGCUACUUAGUUAA